AUUGGCAGAGUUAGACUGUAAGCGAACCAACCAACUAUGUUGCUCUUGGUUAUUCUGGCAAUUAUUGGGGCAGUUGCCAGUGUGCCGGCCCCCAUCGAAUAUAUCAAGGAAACUAUUCCGAAGAACAUCCCAAUCCAAAGCAUUGGACCCAUUGAUACUAGCAUUCCCAUAGACAGGGCUAGAAGGGACAUCCAAGAAAUUAUUCCUCAGUACAUCCCAAUCCAAAGCAUUGUACCCAUUGAUACUAGCAUUCCCAUAGACAGGGCUAGAAGGGACAUCCAAGAAAUUAUUCCUCAGCACAUCCCAAUCCAAAGCAUUGGACCAAUUGAUGCCAACAUUCCAAUAAACAGGGGUAAGAGGGACAUCCAAGAAAUUAUUCCUCAGCACAUUCCAAUUCAAAGCAUCGGACCCAUUGACGCCAGCAUUCCCAUUAACAGAGCCAGGAGGGACAUCCAAGAAAUUAUUCCUCAGUACAUCCCAAUCCAAAGCAUUGGACCAAUUGAUGCCAACAUUCCCAUAAACAGGGCUAAGAGGGACAUCCAAGAAAUUAUUCCUCAGCACAUCCCAAUCCAAAGUAUUGGACCAAUUGAUGCCAGCAUUCCCAUUAACAGGGCCAGGAGGGACAUCCAAGAAAUUAUUCCUCAGCACAUCCCAAUCCAAAGCAUUGGACCCAUUGAUGCUAGCAUUCCUAUAAACAGGGCUAGGAGGGACAUCCAAGAAAUUAUUCCCCAGUACAUCCCAAUCCAUAGCAUUGGACCCAUUGAUGCCAACAUUCCCAUAAACAGGGCCAGGAGGGACAUUCAAAAAAUCAUUCCUCAGUACAUCCCGAUCCAAAACAUUGGACCAAUUGAGUCUAAUCUCUCAAUCGGAUCAUAACAACCAGAAUGAGCGAAUCAUUCACCAUUAAUCAGUCAGUUUUGACUGUGGUUAAUUUUUUAAUUGAAAUAAAACGAAAACUUUUAAAACA